CCCCCCCAGCUCCACCAAUGGCACCCUCCCUAAAUCGCUAGCUGGAGAACCACCAUGCAAAUCCAUUCUUUGCAGCUUAUAUUUUGGAUUGAUUCGCAAGUUGCAGCAAUUUCUUGAAGAUGCGAGUCUUUAUAAAGCUGUGAAAAGGGUCGGGAGAGGAUAACACAGAGGAAAAUACACGGACACCAAUCGAAUUCAUCUGCCAACCGCUGGAAGAAGCAACAAAGAUGCCUGAGGUUCGAGACCUUUCUGAAGCUUUGCCAGAGAUGCCCAUGGACCCAAUUACUGGAGUUGGGGUGGUAGCCUCCAGGAACAGGGCACCCACUGGGUAUGAUGUGGUCUCUACAACAACAGAUGGCCUAGAUGCUGACCUGUGGAAAGAUGGCCUUUUCAAAUCCAAGGUGACCCGGUACCUCUGCUUCACCAGGGUCUUCUCUAAAGAAAAUAGCCAUCUGGGCAAUGUUCUGGUGGACAUGAAGCUGAUCGAUAUAAAGGACACUCUGCCUGUGGGUUUCAUCCCCAUCCAGGAGACUGUUGACACUCAGGAGCAGGCCUUCAGGAAGAGGCGGCUCUGCAUCAAAUUUAUUCCACGGGACUCCACAGAGGCAGCCAUCUGUGACAUCCGCAUCCUGGGACGCUCCAAGCAGGCCCCGCCUCAGUACACAUUUAUAGGAGAGCUCAACAACAUGGGAAUCUGGUAUCGCAUGGGGAACGUACCUCGGGCCCAGGACUCCGCACUUGCACCAACCACCAACAACAUUCAGAAUGUGAACUCCUCCUCCAGCUCAGCUCCAGCAGUUGCAGCAGCUUCUAUGCCCAAGCAUAUUUCCAUGACCCUCCCAGCCAGCUUUAGAGGGAAGAACACUACCAGACCAGACUAUGAGCACCAGAACUCCAACCUGUAUGCUAUCUCAGCUAUGGAUGGAGUGCCUUUCAUGAUCUCUGAGAAGUUUGCCUGUGCCUCAUCUGAUCUGCAGCAGGUGGAUCUGAUGGGCAUCACCAUCAAGUCACUGGCUGAGAUUGAGAAAGAGUAUGAUUACAGUUUCCGCACAGAGCACAGUGCAGCAGCUCGCCUCCCUCCCAGUCCAACAAGGACCUCCCUGAGCUCUGAGGCCUGAGGACCUCCUCCUGACCACCCUAACAUGGCUCUCCCUACAGAUACCAGCAGGAGAAACCUGCACACAACUACUGAGGACCUGCCCACAUCAAAGAAGACAGAAAAAAAAAACACAAAAAGAUGUUGCUUUCUAAAGGAAGCUGGAAACACUGAAAGAUGAGCAGAGCACUGAGGGGCUCUGCUGGCUGAAACCACUAUGUACAACAUUUUAAAAUGAGAUGGAUUACCCAUUGUUGGAAAAACAGACCUUUUUUUUCUCAAGGAAAUUUAAAGGAGUCUCACUGAUACGAUUUUAAAACAUGUUUCUUUUCUCAAAACAAUGGCAGAGUGUUAUUGCCUGUGAUACAGAUAACCAUGUCCCACCUGGGGAACUUGGAUGAAAAGGAUUCUUUGGUGUUUUGGAGGCCAGCUGUUAGGCCUUUGCUCUGAAAAGGAAUAAGAAGCUGUGAGCAGCCACCAUGUUCAUGGCACAGCUGCUGCUCUGUCACUAGCCUGGAUCAUGGCACUAGGAGACAUCCCACUUCAUGUGUUGGAAAUCCUAAAGGAACUGUCCUGCCAUAGGAUGUAGUUACUGCUUAUUUGGAGAAGAAUGGUUGCCAUUGUUCCUACUGGUGUGGCUGUGAGUGCACUUUGGGAAUGUCACUGUGCUUCAUGUUUGCCACAGAUACUUUGUUAACCACUCCUUCACUGUGUGUACAGGAGCCUGCAGCUGGGCUCACAUAUUUAACCACUCUUACUCUUUAUGUACUGAGAGACACCAGGACACAGGUUACACUGCUGGACCCCUCCAGCCACUAUCCUUUUUUCUUUGCUCCUUUUUAGCUCAAACAUUCCUCCUGCAGGUGUUUCGUGUCCUUCACCUUGUUUAACCCAAAUGAGUUUCAGUCACAAUUUUUUAGCCGUCCGUUUGAGUUUUUGUCAGCACAGCUGUCUCCAUGGGCAGUGUGACCCAUCACUACAAAAUUAGAUGAGAGUUACGGAUGAAACCGGGGGGCCGUACCACAAAGGUUAAUGUCUUAGCGAGGUAUGUUAAGUCCUACGAAGGUGGCUGUCUGGCCACAUUGCCAUGGCAACUGAUGCUGCAAACGUAACCUGGUCAGGAGCAGGUUGUGUUCCAAGUCUCAGCUUGAAAUCAGCUGAAAAGCCCCUUGCAUCUUCUGAGUAGCAUCACUCUUUAAUCAGUGUCAGCAUAUGAGAUACAUACAGAUUCUCAGCUGAGGGAAAAUGUUAUAAAUACACUAUUAAACAUUUUGAGCCAUAAUUUUACUUACUGAACGUACUGAAACUUACUGAAUGCAUCGCGUCAUGUUUUUUUUUUUUUUUUCUGUGAACAGGAACUUUAAGUUUUCAGUGAUGCAGAAAAUCAUAGCAAGAAUACUGUUUUAUUUGAUUCAUGUGGUUGUUGUUGCUCUUAGUGAACUGCUGAAUGUGUCUGUAGUGUUCUUGUCCACAGUGAUUCUAUAAGAAGCUUCUAUAAAAUUACAGGUAGCAUUAAAUAUUAACACUUCACUCUUUUUUUUUAAUAAGGAUGACCGUUACCUGCAUAUAAAAAUCUCUUCCUUUAGAUCAUACCAUGUUGUUAUCACUGUGGGUUAUGUUUAUAUGCUUAGUUUUGAUUUGCUGCAGUGUAUUUUACAUUGCUGGUAUAUUACAGCUGAUUAUUCUAUUGAUAUUUACCACAGACAAUAUUCAAUAAGUAAAAUUAAUUUCACUUUGAAUUGUCCAAAAACUACAGCGAUUUAUGUCUCCUUUAAUACUGGACAGAGUCAAUCUGCUGCAUCAGUUUUAAAGUUUUAGAGCUGCAGGAUGAGCUGCUGUUAGUUAGAAAUAAACAGAGUGACAAAAUAAAUAUUACAUUCACCUGUGCAUUCAUACAUGUAGGCAUUUUCUGCCAGCGCCCCUCUCUCGCUUUCAUUUAAGCAACAGUGUAGCUUUUUAUGGUAGGCCUCAUACAUUUAAUAUUCUUUGAAGGCAGAAGUAGGCGGCAUGUGAUUGAUCAUUUUUAAGUAUCAAAUGAUGCACUGAACGCAUCUGUAAACACGCUCUGGGCCUGAAGCAUUAAGCGUGAGUUAACAGAGACGGGAGAUAAGCAUGGUCACCAACUAUGCUCAAGGUUCCUGUUAGCUCAGAGCAAGGCUGCAGGGUUUGUCCAGCAGCUCAGUCAAAGAGAGUCUGGCUCUGAUGAACUGGCUUUGUGGUGCAGCCCUCUGGGCUCUAUGAAUUCCUUCUGGCUGCUGUUACCCUAGCCUCUGCAACUCCACAAUCUACACUUUACUCUCCAUGUUUAGUGUCUACUACAGACAAUAAUACAGAAAACCACAGCUCCCACUGAAAUCACCUGGAGCUUAUGGGAAAUUGUGUUAAAAUCAUCCUAACUAUUCAUUAUAACAUGUUACUUUUUUUAAGUACAGUGCUUAAGAAACAAAUAUGUUGCAGGAGAAAUGUUACAAAUUGUAGUUGGCUCAUGGCGUAUGAACAAAUGCAAAGUGCUCUUUUUUUGUUCAAGUACAUUGG